GGAGCUGGAGCACCACACAGGGUUUCCAGUUUCCAAACCUGCUGAUGUCUCCCAGCUGGAACAAGGGGAAGAUCCAUGGGUCCUGGGUCUCCAGGGCUCAGAGGAAAGAGAGGUCCAGGGAGGUGCCUGCCAGGGUGAAGGGGCAGUAAGUAAGAGCAAGGAGGAGAAUCCUCAGCAGAAAGAUCACGAGCUAGUGGAACCACCCGGGAUGUUUUCAGAAAGAUUUAAAGGGAACGUUCACUGGAGUCGUGAGCGGAGGAAAAGUCAUGAGAGUCAGCAGAGAAAUCAGCCAGGGGAUUGUCGGGGAAGUGGCAAGGAUCUCCAGGAAACCACAACCCAGCAGAGAAUCCCCCCAGGAGAGAGAAAAAACACCUGCACCGAAUGUGAGAAAACCUUUAGUAGUCGCUCCAACCUUAUUACACACUGGAGAAUCCACACAGGAAAUAGACCCUAUAAAUGCUCAGAGUGCGGGAAAAGCUUCAAUCAGCGUUCAAACCUUAUUAAACAUUGGAGGAUCCACACGGGAAAUAGACCCUUUAAAUGCCACGACUGUGGGAAAAGUUUCACUGACAGCUCGAACCUUACUCAGCAUCAGAGAACCCACGUGGGGGAGAGACCCUAUAGAUGCUCAGAGUGCGGGAAAAGCUUCACUCGGAGCUCAGACCUUAUCAGACACGAGACAAUCCACACAGGAGACAGACCUUUUAAAUGCUCCAAGUGUGGGAAAAGUUUCAACGACCGCUCCAACCUUAUUACACAUCAGAGAACCCACAUGGGCGAGAGACCUUAUAGAUGCUCCGAGUGCGGGAAAAGCUUCAGUGUGAGCUCCAGCCUGAUUACACAUUGGAGAAUCCAUACGGGAGAGCGACCCUAUGAAUGCUGCGAGUGCGGGAAAAGCUUCACUCGGAGCUCAGAUCUGAUCAGACACGAGACAAUCCAUACAGGAGACAGACCCUUUAAAUGCUCCAAGUGUGGGAAAAGCUUCAAUGACCGAUCAAACCUUAUUAGGCAUCAGAGGAUCCACAAAGGACAGUAAACUCAUUGACUAGGGCUGGCCAAAGAUGCUUUUGCUAAUUCCCACAGAGACCUUUAAGGCUGUUUGCACCACCUGUGUCACCGCGUGCUCUGAGCUGUCCCACUUCUGCAGCUCUCACCCUUCUUUGGGGUGAAUCCUGGGGCCCCUUCUAUCAGUUCCUUUGUCCUGGUAGUGGAGGGGAUGAUGUCCCCCAUCUGCCAGGAAGGUCCAUCAGCCCCAGGUGGGGAGAUAGCGGUGACCUCGACUAGCUACGUUGAGAUGUAGUCUGCCUAGGCCAUGUCUCCACUAGGAUUUUCCAUGGAGAUCUGAGAAUCGCUGCCACUUUGUUUUCUGUGCAGUGUAGACAUAUCCAUAGAGUUUAUUCUGCCUGCAUUUUACCGCUCCACCUCCCAAAGCGUCAUGUGAUGCAACGUUCUCGGCUCUCUAAUUCAGGAUCACAUUGUGAUACCUACGUGCAGACGCGUUAGGGUGGGAACUGAAAGAGUCACAGACCUGGAGCAGGAAUUUGAAUGAAUCCCAAACACUGAGUAAUUGUUCUGUGCUUUCAUCUGCGUUUCCCUCAACUGGCAAAGCUGCUUCUGGGCUUUUUCCUGCUCAGCUGGGAUUGUUGCUGAGGGCAAGUUUGGCUGUUUUUCUCCAUUACGACGAUGCUAAAACGUUUUUAAAUAACCUGAUUCAAAAAUAAUGAGAUGGCGCUGAGUGAAGCACAUUUGAAUGGAUCAGAGGACAACACAAUGGGAGAAUCUGCUGUCCUGAUUCUGAGUCAUCAAAUGUAGCCUGCUCUGCAAUUUCAGUUUAUAUGAAACUGAAAGGGUCUUAUACCCCUCGGUAUGGUUGGUUUCUCUCUCUUUCCUGAAGGCCAGUUAAUCACAUAACUGGAUAGCAGUUUUGUUAAACACAAUGUAGCUUGGAUUUAGUGGGGACUUUGAGACAAAUGACCAUUUGCUAAAAUAGUCAUUUCUUUUUUUUUGUUUUUUCCUUGCCCCUCCACGAUGAUGUGGCCCAUGGGGGAAGUUCACGUGCAGUUCAGUCAUCGGGAGAGGUCAUGCUUCAGCCCUUUGGACGUGCUACCAUGGAAACAGUAGAGUCUGAAAAUCUCCACUCCGAGAUGGUAAACAACAGCACACCCCAAUCUGUGCAACUAACUGAAGAAACUGACUACAAUCACACCCACGUUCAGCUGGGUAAGGCAGUGUCAUUUGCAAUUGUCUGGGAAGAGAAUUCCAGAGUAAGUAACUGAGAACUAGGGAAAAUAACCGUAUAUUUAGUUCCCGAAGUAGCUGAGGUCCAGGCCCUUCGCAUUAGGAAGAUAUUUCCUUCCUAAUCAGGUGCAUGUUGCCUGUGUUUGGGGAAACAAUGUCCCCAUCUGUGUAGAUGUGGAGGAAAUGGAAGUGGCAUUUUUGCUGAACUUACCCUUUGUACAUGUUGCAGAUGGGUAUAAAAUGAACUCCGUGUUGAAUGUGGGGUAGUUGCGGAAUAGUGAUUUUUGAAUAGAUACCCCACUUUUGGUGGCUUGCAGGGAUUCUGAUGCAGUCCCUAAUUUAGACCUGUGCCACCAGAUUAAAGAAACAAAUUGUAAUGCUGCUGAGAUUUUGGGUGGUUUGGUAAAGGAUUCUACUCCAGAGAAGUGUAAAUUUAACCUGACCAAGAUCAAGGAUUUGGCAAGCACUCAGUAAUAGCAGGUACCGCUGGUUGGUUUUCACCCCAGAAAAGGACUCUGUGGUGGCCCAGGUAAAACUGUGUUUAGAACACCCCUGCCUAGGUUAAUGGCAUUGAGUAAGGUCCCUGAGGAUGCCGUAGAUAAACUGGGAACAAUUGUCCUUUACCAAAAGGCAAAGAAAGAAGCAGUUAAUGCCUUCAAAGGACAUUCCUUCCCCAUGGAUCCCAGUCUGGCUCCAUUGGUGGACAAGAAGGACUUUCAUGCUGUGUAAGUGAUGAUAACCACUGAGGGAAUGGAUGUGUUAGAUUCCAAGUGCAGACAGCCAGAUGCUUUUGUUUCUUAGUUUUGCCCUUGUACUUUAUGCAUUUGCGUCACUUCUCCUUCACAUCCUGCUAAUUUGUAAGAUUAGAAAAUGUGAAAAUAAAGUAGAGGUGCUUGUUCUCAUGAUGCAGACCUUCCCACGUAAUGUGAGACCCCUUUCACCAACAUUUAUAGCAGAAGACCAAGAGAUAAAUGAAUUCAAAGAAGUGGAAGACACCUAUGUUGACACAGAAUGCAACUUUACAUGAGACUCACUUGAUAGAACUGGGAAUUAAGAGAAAACUAACACAUACAAGAUUUUGCAAUCUUGGAAUAUGUUAUUGUUGCCAAUGGAAAUGAAAUUAAACAUGAAGUUAAUUAUUGGUUAAAGAAUAAGACACUAAUUUUGUGAUAACAUGAGUUACACUGGAACACUGCGAUUUUACACUGGUUCUCGUUUAGUAUAGGAAAUGGUGACUAAUCUUUUCAAGUAUAUUUGAUGUAACAUGCAUCCUUUGGACUAACGAGUUUUGAAGAAAAACUUCACUUCAAAGGUUGGAGUGGGGGGGAUACGAGAGAGAAAUAGUGUAUAUGAGAGUACUGACCCAGUGUUUAACUUCAGACUAUAACAGCGUUUAAAAGAGAACUAGAUACAUUCAUGGAGGUUAAGUCCAUUAAUGGCUAUUAGCCAG